AUGCAGCACACAAAAUAUUAUGAUGAACGGAAAUGUGGAUGGGAGCUAAAAUCGAGUGGAAUUAGUGGAAAAAUUCUAAAACCGCUUGUCAUUAAACCUCAAGUGAUGGGUGGAUGGAAUUCUAAAUGGGGUCAGAUGCCAUGGGCCGUUAUGAUUGCUCGAGAUCACGAAAAUGUAUGUGCGGGAACACUUAUUUCGAUAAAACAUGUUUUAACCGCUGCGCACUGUUUCUCGAAAGAUCAGAUUAAACCUCGAAUGUGCAGCGUAGAGAAUGCAUUUGAGAUAAACGAGCUGAUAAAACGUUUUACUGUUUCGUAUGGUAGCAAUUGCCAACAACAAACAUUUGACGGAUUUGGUUGUGAUGGGCCGCCGAUGAAAAAAGCUCAAAUCAAAUAUGUGGUCUACAAACACUUUUUCCGCAAUGGUUGUAAAAGAUCAGAUAUAGCGAUAUUAGAGCUCAAACAUGAGAUUGAUAAUUCAGCAAAUUAUGUGUGCUUACCAUAUCGGCAGGCUACAACUCCACUUGGCGAAUAUGGCUACUGGUCAUAUGGAUGGGGUGCAAAUCCUUUCAAUGAAGCUAUUGCCACAAACAAUAUGCAGAUAGUAUUCCAUAGAAAAUUAGAAGAAGAACACCAAUGUCAGGAAUACAUGGUACCUGACGAUUCUAUUUGUAUAAAAGAAACUUAUACGACUGGCUUAUGUGAGGGCGACAGUGGUGCUGGUCUUGUAACAAGGGAUAAAAGUGGACGCUGGUUCAUCGUAGGAGUCAUGUCUUAUGGAAGCCAGGGUUGUAUGGCACUUUAUCUAGAACUUAUUGCAACUAGAGUACAAGUCUAUACUCAUAUUUUGCCCAACUCAUUAUUCAUUGACAUGGUAACAAUUUACAAUCAAAGCCAUUUUUUUAAUGAACAUUGA